AUGGCCCGCAAGAAGGUGCCCCUCCGCUACAUUGGCAACUCAACACAGCGCCAUACUUAUGUGACGCGCCGCAACAGCCUGAUGAAGAAGGCGGGCGAGUUGGGCAUCCUGUGCAACACCAAGAUCUGCAUGCUGGUGUAUGAUGAGGGUGCCGCGUCGCCGGACGUUUACCCAUCCCACAUGGAGGCGGUGGCUAUCCUGAAUAGGUACAAGAACAUGCCGGACAUGUCGCGGUUCAAGAAGGUGGUGACCCAGGAGGAGUUCCUCACCAAGCAAGUCGCCAAGCUCCAGCAUGAGGCCGACAAGCUCCGGCGCGAGCGUGAGGACCGCGAUACCAGGAUCCUUCUGCACAAGGCCAUGCUCGGUGGCAACCUGAAUGCUGAGGAGGUCACCAGGGUUGGAUGUAAGUUGCAGGAGAUCCGCAAGAGCCUCGCAGAGCGCAUAGCAAAUACCAGCGGGCAGCCGCCGAUCUUCCAGCUCCAAGCGCAAUACGUCACCGGCGGUGUCGACAUGGGGCCUCCGUCGAUGGACCAGGUGCCGCCACAGCAGGAGGGCUGGCAGCCAGAGGUCUUCCAGGCCCAGGCACCACGGGUCACGAGCAACGUCGACAUGGGGUAUCUGCCAACAUAUCAGGUUCCGCCUCAACAGCAACAAGGCUGGCAGCCACAGGUCUUUCGGCCCCAGGCGCCAUACGUCAUCGGCAAUGUCGACAUGGGGCCUCCGCAGAUGUAUCAUGUGCCGCUGCAGCAGCACGGCUGGCAGCCACCGACCUUCCAGCCCCAGGCGUCAUAUGUCCCUAGUAGCGUUGACAUGGGGCCUCCGCCGAUGUAUCAGGCGCAGACGCCAUACGUCACUGGCAGCAUUGACAUAGGGCCUCCACCGAUGUAUCAGGCGCCGCCGCAUCAGCAAGAGGGUUGGCUUGACAUGCAGAGGUCCGAGGGGGCCAGCGCAUUGCUCUACAAUGCUAACGGUACUGGUGGCCACGACGGCGCCGGUACUAGCUCUAGCGUCGGCUUCCCCAUGGAUGAUCUGAUGCAGUUCUUCAACAAUAUGAGAUCCGGGUUGAAGUGA